AUGAUAUGCAUGGUGGUGGGUUUGGUGGGUCUGAAAUGGUUGCUUACAAGAGCCAAUUGGUGGCUAUAUGUGUCUAAGUUAGGGGACAAGCAGUACUCUCUACCUCCAGGUGAUAUGGGUUUGCCUUUGAUUGGUUCUAUGUGGACUUUUCUUAGAUACUUCAAAACUCGUAGACCUGAUUCUUUCAUCGGCAGUUUUAUCAAAAGAUAUGGACGCACUGGGCUAUACAAGACCGUUUUAUUUGGGCAUCCAUGUGUGUUAGCAACAGCUCCAGAAACUCUGAAGAAAGUGUUAACAGAUGAUGAUGCAUUCCAGUCUGGUUGGCCGAAAGCCACAAUAGAGCUAAUGGGCAAGAAAUCAUUUGCUGCCAUUUCUUACGAAGAUCAUAAGCGUCUUCGAAAACUAACAGCAACUCCAAUCAAAGGUCACGAUGCUUUAUCUGUUUACUUGGAGUACAUAGAAGAGAUAACGAAGACCAAUUUAGAAAAAUGGAUCGACAUGGGACCAAUCGAGUUCCUGACUGAGCUUCGAAAACUCACUUUUAAGAUUAUAGUUCAUAUUUGUCUUAGUGAAGAGAGUGAGCCUAUUAUGAAUGCCUUAGAGAAAGAAUACACUACACUUAAUGCUGGACUUAGGGCAAUGGCAAUCGACAUUCCUGGGUUUGCUUACCAUAAAGCUCGUAAGGCUAGGAAGAAUAUUGUGGCUAUAUUACAAUCAGUAGUGAAUAAUCGAAGAAAUAGAAGGAAGAACAACAUACCAUCGAAAGGAAAAGACAUGAUGGAUCGUCUUUUAGAUGUUGAAGACGAGAAAGGAGAUAAACUCGGCGAUGAUGACCUUAUUGACAUUAUGUUGAUGUAUCUAAAUGCAGGCCAUGAAUCAUCUGGGCAUACCCUGAUGUGGGCUGUUAUUUUGAUGCAAAAUCAUCCAGAGGUCCUUAAAAAAGCUACGGAAGAGCAAAAACUCAUAGUAGAAAGGAGGCCAUCAACACAAAAAGGUGUGAAUCUUAAAGAAAUUCGGGAAAUGGUUUAUCUUAAUCAGAUAAUUAAUGAGACAUCUCGAUAUGUAUCAUUCUCACUUAUGGCCUUCCGUGAGACAAAAAAAGAUGUCAACAUAAACGGUUACUUUAUUCCUAAGGGAUGGAAAGUUCUUGCUUGGUUUAGAGGUGUUCACAUGGAUCCUCAGAUUUAUCCAAAUCCAAAGGAGUUUAAUCCUUCCAGAUUUGAGGACUACAUACCCAAACCAUGCAGCUUCAUUCCCUUUGGUGCAGGAACCAGGUUUUGCCCUGGAUAUGAUCUCGCGAAACUUGAAAUUUCGAUAUUUCUCCACUACUAUCUGCUUGGCUAUGAAAUCAAGAGGCUUAACCCAAAGAGCUCACUGGUGUAUCUACCGCAUUCAAGGCCCGCUGAUAACUGCUUAGCGAUAGUUAAGAAGCAGAAUCCAUGGUCUUCAUCUGGGUAAGGAGAUAUGGAGAAGGAAAA